GGCCAGAGGGGCCACACGGAGCUGAUUGGGCUGUGGAAGUCGGAAUUCCAGGCGGUGCGGUGCGGUGUGGUGCGUUGCCUCGGCGCGGCCGGCCGGUCCUGGGACACGGCAGCCAGGGAGGUGUGGAAAUUGCCUGCCCCAGGGGCGCCCGCGGAGGAGGGUAGGCGGGGGCGGCCUGGGCCCUCCCACUUUUUAGGGCUCCUGGGCCAGUUCGCCCGCACAGCCCUCGGGAACUUGUUAACAGGAAAGCCUGGCAGAGAAACAAAUGCCAGCGUUUUGGAAGAACUGAGAGUCACGUCGUUAGGCGCUGAGGCUUUCUUUUCCUUCCCCGCCCCCUGCCCAACCUCGGCCCGACUUGGCCAAAGAAGGAUGUGUCACCAGCUCCGGGCCGCGGACGGGAUUCCCGGCCCGCCAGGAGCCGGGGUACCUGAAACAAAGGUAAACGGAGGCCGGGCGGCCCCUGGCCCUGCACCGCGGCCGCGCUGGAGCGCCUCGGUGGGUCUCUCCCGCUCCGACCUGGCCGCCGCCGCCGCGGAGGGGCGUUCUCCUGGGGGAUCUCUCGAUGGAAACCAGCUGGCCGGGCUUGGAGUUGAUGUUGCAUCCGAACUCUGUUGUGCUCCCGUUAUUCCCAGUCCUCCCACUCUGGUUUCUCUGUCAUUCACAGAAAAAUGAAUCAUUUAAACCUUUGGAGGACUCAGUUAUCACAAUACUUCUCUACUACCAACUAAGAUUUAUGAUAGUAAAUUUAUGAGAGCAAAUUUCCAUGUUAUAGAACUGUUGAAGAACUAAAAGAGGAUAUUCUUUCAUCAAAAUAAUUCUGCAGUAUCAUAAUAUUACUAAAUAAAAUUAAAAAGCACAAUUAUUAAAUUAUUAAAUUUGCCACACAUGUGCAGCAGCUACUGUAUCCUGAUAGUUACCAAACCUCAAAUAUAAAUGGUUUCCCUUCAUGGGAAAAGCCAUUAUAUUUGGAAGAAACCACUGAACAUUGUUAUUAAAUAUAUUUUCAGCUAACUGUCAUUUAGGAGAAUUUUCAUGAAACAAGUUCUAGAAAGUUCCAAGUCCCACCAGUAAGUGGAUUUGAUAUUAUGGCAGCAACUUACAGACUUGUGGUUAGUACUGUGAACCACUACAGCAGCGUGGUGAUAGACCGGCGUUUUGAACAAGCUAUACAUUAUUGCACUGGAACCUGCCACACCUUCACACAUGGAAUUGACUGCAUUGUGGUACACCAUAGCGUUUGUGCAGACCUCUUGCACAUCCCUGUGUCUCAGUUCAAAGAUGCAGAUCUGAACUCUAUGUUUCUACCCCAUGAAAAUGGGCUUUCUUCGGCUGAAGGAGACUAUCCCCAACAGGCCUUCACAGGCAUACCCAGGGUCAAGAGAGGAUCUACAUUUCAGAAUACCUACAACUUAAAGGACAUUGCAGGAGAAGCAAUCAGUUUUGCCAGUGGGAAAAUAAAAGAAUUUUCCCUUGAAAAACUCAAAAACUCUAACCAUGCAGCUUACAGAAAGGGAAGGAAAGUUAAGUCUGACUCAUUUAAUAGGAGGUCAGUUGAUUUGGACUUGCUUUGUGGCCAUUAUAACAACGAUGGGAACGCCCCAUCCUUUGGUUUACUGCGGAGUUCCUCAGUUGAGGAAAAACCUUUGUCUCAUAGAAACUCACUGGAUAUGAACCUGACUUCCAUGUUUCUUCAAAACUUUUCUGAAGAAGACUUGGUUACUCAGAUUUUGGAAAAACAUAAAAUAGAUAAUUUUUCUUCUGGGACGGACAUAAAGAUGUGCUUGGAUAUCUUAUUGAAGUGCUCCGAGGAUUUAAAAAAAUGCACAGACAUCAUAAAACAAUGCAUAAAGAGAAAAUCAGGGAGUAGCAUCAGUGAAGGAAGUGGUAAUGAUACAAUUUCUAGCUCUGAAACUGUCUAUAUGAAUGUAAUGACCAGGUUAGCAUCCUAUCUGAAAAAGUUACCAUUUGAAUUCAUGCAGUCUGGGAAUAAUGAGGCUCUAGAUUUAACAGAACUGAUCAGUAAUAUGCCUAGCUUACAGCUGACUCCCUUCUCCCCAGUGUUUGGCACUGAACAACCCCCUAAAUAUGAAGAUGUUGUCCAGCUCUCAGCUUCUGACUCUGGACAAUUUCAAACUAUUGAAUUGCAAAAUGACAAGCCUAAUUCUAGGAAGAUGGACACUGUACAAUCCAUUCCAAACAACUCCACAAAUUCCUUAUAUAACUUAGAGGUAAAUGAUCCUAGAACUCUAAAAGCUGUCCAGGUCCAAUCACAGUCAUUAACCAUGAAUCCUUUAGAAAAUGUUUCUUCUGACGACUUAAUGGAAACUCUUUAUAUUGAAGAAGAGUCAGAUGGAAAGAAAGCAUUAGAUAAAGGACAAAAGACAGAGAAUGGACCUAGUCAUGAGUUAUUAAAGGUAAAUGAACAUAGAGCAGAAUUUCCAGAACAUGCUACUCAUCUUAAAAAAUGCCCCACCCCAAUGCAAAAUGAAAUUGCUAAGAUAUUUGAGAAAUCAUUUGUUAAUCUACCUAAGGAAGACUGUAAAUCAAAAGUUUCUAAAUUUAAAGAGGGAAACCAGAGAGAUUUUACAAAUUCCAAUAGCCAAGAAGAGAUAGAUAAAUUGUUAAUGGAUUUGGAAUCUUUUUCACAGAAGAUGGAGACCUCUCUAAGAGAGCCACUUGCGAAGGGUAAAAACUCUAAUUCUUUAAAUAGUCACAGUCAGUUGACCGGUCAGACCCUUGUAGAUCUUGAGCCUAAAUCUAAAGUCUCUUCACCCAUAGAAAAAGUCUCACCUUCCUGUCUAACAAGGAUUAUUGAAACCAAUGGACACAAAAUAGAGGAAGAGGAUCGAGCCCUCUUACUGCGAAUCCUGGAAAGCAUUGAAGACUUUGCUCAAGAACUAGUUGAAUGCAAAUCAAGCAGAGGGAGCCUAUCACAAGAAAAGGAAAUGAUGCAAAUUCUACAGGAAACCUUGACAACUUCCUCCCAGGCCAAUUUAUCAGUCUGUAAAAGUCCUGUUGGUGAUAAAGCCAAAGAUACUACUUCAGCAGUUUUGAUUCAGCAGACUCCAGAGGUGAUCAAGAUUCAAAAUAAACCAGAAAAGAAACCUGGAACACCACUCCCACCUCCAGCCACCUCUCCAAGUAGUCCCCGACCUCUCUCCCCGGUUCCCCAUGUGAAUAAUGUUGUGAAUGCGCCAUUGUCCAUAAACAUUCCACGGUUCUACUUUCCUGAAGGACUCCCAGAUACCUGUAGUAAUCAUGAACAAACUCUAAGCAGAAUUGAAACUGCUUUCAUGGAUAUUGAAGAUCAGAAAGCAGACAUUUAUGAAAUGGGGAAAAUUGCGAAGGUCUGUGGCUGUCCUCUCUAUUGGAAAGCCCCCAUGUUCAGGGCUGCAGGGGGAGAGAAGACAGGAUUUGUGACAGCACAGUCAUUCAUUGCCAUGUGGAGAAAGUUGCUGAAUAACCAUCAUGAUGAUGCCUCUAAAUUCAUCUGUCUUCUAGCAAAGCCCAACUGCAGCUCUCUAGAACAAGAGGAUUUCAUCCCUCUACUUCAGGAUGUGGUGGAUACCCACCCUGGUCUCACGUUCCUGAAAGAUGCUCCAGAAUUCCACUCCCGCUACAUCACCACGGUUAUUCAGAGAAUAUUCUACACAGUCAACAGAUCUUGGAGUGGAAAAAUUACUUCGACAGAGAUAAGAAAAAGCAACUUUUUGCAAACCCUAGCACUUUUGGAAGAAGAGGAAGAUAUAAACCAAAUUACAGAUUACUUCUCCUAUGAACAUUUCUAUGUUAUUUAUUGUAAAUUCUGGGAACUAGAUACUGAUCACGACCUCUACAUCAGCCAGGCCGAUCUGUCUCGAUACAAUGACCAGGCUUCAUCAAGCAGGAUUAUUGAAAGGAUAUUCUCUGGUGCAGUAACAAGGGGAAAAACAAUACAGAAAGAGGGAAGAAUGAGCUAUGCAGAUUUUGUUUGGUUUUUGAUCUCUGAAGAAGACAAAAGGAAUCCUACCAGCAUUGAGUAUUGGUUCCGCUGCAUGGAUGUGGAUGGAGAUGGUGUACUCUCCAUGUAUGAGCUGGAGUACUUCUAUGAGGAGCAGUGUGAACGGAUGGAAGCCAUGGGAAUUGAGCCCUUGCCAUUCCAUGAUUUACUGUGCCAGAUGCUUGACCUAGUGAAGCCAGCUGUUGAUGGCAAAAUAACUCUAAGAGAUCUGAAGAGGUGCAGAAUGGCUCACAUCUUCUAUGACACUUUCUUUAAUCUGGAGAAAUACUUAGACCAUGAACAGAGAGAUCCCUUUGCGGUCCAGAAGGAUGUUGAGAACGAUGGGCCUGAGCCCUCAGACUGGGACCGGUUUGCCGCUGAGGAGUAUGAGACUCUUGUUGCAGAGGAAUCUGCCCAAGCACAAUUCCAGGAAGGCUUUGAAGAUUAUGAAACAGAUGAACCUGCCUCUCCCUCUGAAUUUGGAAACAAAGGCAAUAAAAUAUUAAGUGCAAACCUUCCAGAGAAAUGUGGAAAGCUUCAAUCAGUGGAUGAAGAAUAGCUGCCGGUGUCUACAAUGAAACGAAGAUGUGUAUUUUAAAUGUUUCUUUCUUGUGAAGAGAUGUUCUCGUUUGCAUACUGCUUUUUAAAGACUUUGAUUUCUCCAAGUGUGUAUCUGCACUAGGAACUUUGUUUUUAAGCAAUAGGUCUGGAUACACAUUUAACUUAGGAGACUCCUCCAAUUUGCCUCAAACCUCUUACGGAGCUUCUCCUCAGAAGUGGUACCAUCGCCUUCCAAAGUCAGCACUCUACACUCUUGAAUGUACCAAGGAUCUCUUGGGGACAGUGCCAAGCACGGUUCUCUACACAGGUGACUGAAGUUGCCUCUAUGUUGGCUGGCAUCCCUGAGUCGCCUCCGGGCUCCUAUGGAGCCUAGAAGAAACCUUCACUUGCAGAAAACUUGAGUCAGAAAAUUCUGGAACUUGAAAAAGUAGUAAGGGCCUCCAGAACUGACUUAGCCCUAGUAAUAAAAGCACUGCCAAAACAUCUCAGAGACUUCUUUUAAUUAUAUGUAUACUGGAGUUCAAAGAUUUUUAACUUACCUGGCUUAAUGUAAUUUCACAGUUACCUGCCAAACUACUAGUCACUUUACAUCCUCAGGUAUUGUAACCACUGGGCCUUCCAACUUUGCUGGCAAGCUCUGGUAACCUCCCUGACUGUGGAUCUUAUAUAAAAUCUCAAGAUAAAAAAACACUUCUUAAAUGAAGUAUAGAAUUUGACUCAUACUUGGAAAAAGCCCUUUUAACUUUUAUCUUUUAUUCAUUGAACUAUUGAAUGAUGUAUUUAAUUUCCAAAUUAGUUGAUAACUUUUCACUUCCUAUCAAUCAGAGGGCCUGCUUGAAGACAUAAAGGAAUGAUGAUACAUUAAAAUUCUUACUAUAUUCCUUCCUCCCAGGAGUAUUAGACUAGCUAAUAGUAAAGGCCUCAACGUUAUUCUUUACUUCAUGUUGAAAACAAUUACUACAGAUAUUUCAUCCACCUCAAUAUUUACCAAGGAAAUGGAAAAUGAUACAGCUAUAAAAGAAAGCUUUUACUGUAGUUGUAGAUGUGUUCACUACAGAAUCCUACAUUUUUCAGCAGGCCACAGUCCAGCCAAAUCCUAUAACAUCCUUGAAAAGAAACUAUUAAAAAGGAUAGACAUUUCUGAUGUAAGUAAAACCCCCAAGCAACUUAAUAUCCAUCUGUCAGUCAUCAACUUUUCGCCUAGAUUUUUUUUUUAACUAGUUCUGAAAGUGUCAAGAAUAGCUUCCCUUUCCACCCUACCUAGGUUCCCUCCUUGCUGGCAUAAAGGCCAAGCAGUGAAAUGAACCUUGGGUUAGAGUUAUGGUAGGCAAAAAGAAAAGGAGAAUUUAGGAAAUAUGCUAUAAACAAGGUACAGUACAGUGAGAGUUAACAAUCCUAGGAAUCCUGCCUGUCACAAGCUCCCAGUUCCGUCAUUUUAUCUUCAUGAUUAGAACUGAUCUUCCAUUUAACUAUUACAGAAAGCAGUAACUAUUGCAACUAUCUAAUAGUUCACACAAAAGAAUUAAAAGCUUAAAAAUAAUUUUUAGGAAACACAAUAUUCAAAAUCUAAACACACUGAUAAAUUAUUAGGAUUAAGAUUAUUUAUGUGAUAAAUGAAAUCUCCUACCAAUCCAUCCAGCCUUUACCAGGGAAGAAAAGCAAUUAUUUCAUUUCAGAUAGAAAUACAAAAAAAAAAAAAAAACUUUUCUUAGAAGCCAGAUAUGGUUUAAAUGUUUUAUUAUCCAUAAUGAUCUAAACUAAUAAGAUUCACCAAAAAGUAAAAAUUAAAUUUUACAAUAUACAUUUUUUUUUUUUAACUAUUUGGCUUUACCUUUUUACCUUGGUUCUCCUUACUGAAGUCCUCUUGCUUUCACUUUGAUCUGGUUUUUGAAGUCUCUUAAUUAUUGGCUGGGCAUGGUGACUCAUGCCUGUAAUCCCGGCACUUUGGGAGGCCAAGGGAGGUGAUCACUUGAGCCCAGGAGUAAAAACCAGCCUGGGCAACAUAGUGAGACUCCGUCUCUACAAAAAAUAAAUUUAGCUGGGCAUGGUGGUGCACAUCUGUAGUCCUACCAACUUGGGAGGCUGAGGCAGGAGAAUCGCUUGAGCCCCAGGCUUCGAGGCUGCAGUGAGCUAUGAUUACGACACUGCACUCCAGCCUAGGCGACAGAGCAAGACCCCAUUCUCUUACAAAGUCUCUAUUAUAAAAGUACAUCCAUCAAUACCAUUCCAUUUAAGAUGGGCUAUUGUAAUUUACCCACAUUAUCACAUUUUCAGGAAUUAUAAGAAUGUGUUUUAUUGUACUCCUUCCUUGGAGCUGAAUGCAAGGAAUGUGAAUUCUGAGGAAUUAAGGUAGAAUAUAUUUGACUUUCUGGUAAAGAUCAUGGUUAAGUAUAAUCAUUACUGCCAAACUGGAAUUUUCAAGUUGUUAUAAUAACCCAGGCCCCUUGAUAAAAGCUGAGGGUUAUCAUGACCUUAAUGCUAAUUCAAUGAGAAAUGAGUUUAAUAGCGUAACAUUACCAAGGUAAUCAAACUAAUAAAAUCCCAUAUAUCUUCCCUGCAUCUUGUCACUGUGUACCAUUCAAAGUGUUUAUAAAACUCUAGAUUCAUCAAAUGAGAUUUGCUCAGCUUUUUGAAAUGUUAAGAUGUGUUUGGAGAAGGCUGCAUGACUUUGUUUUUCCCUUUUAGCAAAACUAAAUAAAGUUGUCAAAUAUGAA